AGGUUGCAGAAAGGACUUCCUUGCAGCAUAUUUGCUGUCGACAGCCCAAUGAAUUAGUCGUAGGCCUAGCGACUCGCAUCUGUAUUUUUUUGUUUGCUUUUUAUAUUCACCAAGUGAAAGAUUGCAGCAUCCAUAGGCAUACCGACCUCUUAGCUAGCAAAAUAUUUUCAAUUGAGAGCCCUAUUCGGAUAAACGAAAAGAAUCAAAAAGAAUGUCGACUGGGAGUGCUAGCUCCUCCUCUUCCUCCUCGAGGCUCCCGCCCCCGCAAUUCCGUCUGCCCUGGGCAAACAAAAACAGUUUCGGAACGCAGUCGUUGCAAGACUUCGCGGUCCCAGAAACUCUAACUGAGCAUCUCAUCAUGGAGCAUGUUGCUGGCUUUGUGAUAAAAUACGGCGAAGCAGCAGAGUUCCGACUGAGGCUAGCAACGGAAAACAGUGCGAACGAUGCUGCACGACUCAGCGCGUCGUCGAGAAGCAGUGGCAGUGGGAGCAGCUCAACAUCUAAUGGAAAGGUGGAUCACACCGAUACCAGCAAGACGACCAGCGCGGCCAGCAACAAACACAGCCAGCUCGCGUUUCUGGAGCCCGAGCACCCCUUGCGGAAGUACUACGAAUGGCUAAAGCGGACCAAGGCAACACUGGAGGAGCGCGCGCCGCACUUACUCCCUCGCGGUUGGAACCUUUGGCGGAAAGUUUUACCGUCAGAAUCCAUCGUGAAUACGCACGUCGAGGUCGUGAACAAAGAGGACCAAUCCACUUCUUCGAGCGCUGACGACGCGGAAGAUGGGAACAUAUCGGCGUUUCUCGGAGCUAUGAUGGGAGAAGAAAACACGAAGAGAAAGAACAAGCGGCACCGUCGUGCCAGCGCUGGGGAAGAUGAUGAGAGCCACAGCGAAAUGAACGGUCGGGAUAGAAGCGGUCGCCGCUCGAACAAACGUGCGAAAACUUUGUCCGCGAGUAAAGCUUCUCGCCCAGCAUCGCCCUCGCCGCCAGAAGCGGAAGACGUCGGCUCCAUGUUCUUUGAGGACUACGAAGAUGAAAACAGCCAGGACUGGCACAGUGCGGCGCUGAUUUGCGGCGCGCACAAACUGACACCGGAAUUGGAGAAGGCGAUUCAGGGCAUUGGAUGUGCGCUACUCGAGAAGAAAGAUCGUCGCUUCGCAGACACGGCGUUGCGACUGAAACUGGACGAAUCCGCUGUUCUCGUGCGAGAUGAGAGCGGCGUUUUUAUCUCUCUGAGCACAGCAGCGCAAGCAACCCGUGCAGCUGCGAAAGCAUAUUUUGAUCAUGUCAUUGGCGUUGUUGCGAAAAAACUCGAAGCCGCGGCGCAACAAGGGUCAUUGUCGUCACUAGGAGGACCAGAGGACAACUACAUGGACAGAGGACCAGAGGACAACUCCACCCAGAGCGCACAAGAACUCGAAAACGAGUCCUACCACCUGAGUGCACAGACCGCUCAUUUUCUCGCUAGGGUCGCCCGUAAAAUUUUCGAGGAAGACGAGAAACGCGCGAAACGGGCGGAAGCCGUAGAGGAUCCGUUUAAGCUGUUUUUGGCCGAGAUAGAAGAGGAAGACGAAGAGCGGGCAGUUUCAUUCGCGGAAGAGGAUGUUCCCGACAUACAUUUCAACAUUCCUGUCGUGGACGAGCAAGAGCCGAUCGGACAUGUAGAAGAUGCCGCCGUAGUACUGCCAGAGGAACACGCUCUGGAAACUGAAGGAAGUCCACCAGCUGUCAUCUCUCAGAAUCUGGUGGUAUCGGAGAACUUGAUUGACGGCCUCCAGGACGAAGAUGAAGAGCCGGGCGGGGCCUUCUGCUCAAUCGAAAACGAAGAACUACGGAGCGCAAACGUGGUAGACACGUCCGAAGAUAACGGCGCCGCUAAGUUUGGCGACACCAAUUCUGUAGACGCGCAGAGCGUGAGCGCGCCAGGCAACAGUUUGCACAGCGAAGAACUUCAUGUGGGGCAGGCUGUGGAGGAGAUACAGCAGGCUGCAGCCGUUUCCAGCGUACGAAACACGGCCGUGCUGGCGCAUUCAUCUGCCAGUGUAGUUGCUUCGAUUCGUGAUGGAGGAGACUCAGUUCCUCAUGUGUUGCCGCACGACCGGCAAUUGCAUCAACAUGAGGGCGAGCAGAUAGGGAUCAACCAGAAAGAGCUGCCCAGUACCCGGCUUCAUCGGCGUUUGACAGCUACAGGCAGUAAAGGGACCGCACCUGUUCUAAAGAGCGAAAAAAAAACAUCGGGUAUGUUCGAUUACGACAGUGGCAGCUCAGACGAAGACGGCGAUGACGCGCUGGCCAAAUUUGAAAAGCGAUAAACGAAUGCGUGGAGCACUCUUUCGUCUCGAAGGCUUCCCAGGUUUACUUUUCCACAUUUGGGCUGUAGUGAAAAACAACAU